AUGCGCCACCUCCGGGUCGUCGCCGGGGCGACGCGGCUCGACGCCGGCGUCCCCGACGUCGCCUACCGCUUCGCGCUCCACGCCGACGACGGCGCGGGCGGCGGCGACUGCCGCGCGCGCGCGCCGGAGCUCGUCGUCUACAAGCGGCGGGGCUACGGCUCCUGCGGCGUGCUCGCGCCGCACGCGGCCUUCUCGCCGCCGCCGCCGCCCCUCACGAGCACGAAGCGCAAGGGCGACGACUGGGAGGUGCGGGCGGCCCACGCGGCCGCGGCCGCGGCCGCGCGGAAGUGGGCGGGCCGGAGGGACGCGGCGCUCUGGCGCGGCGGCGCGACGGCGAACUGGACGGCGGCGCCGGACCGCGGCGACUGCGUCGCCGACGCGCUCCGCGCGCCGCUGCUCGCGCUCGGGCCGCCCUUCCUGUUCGACUGCGAGGGCGCGUGCGCGUUCCCGCGCGCGGCGCUCGACGCGUGCGCGCGGGGCGACAUCGCGGCGCCGCCGGGCGCCUUCGACAAACUCCCGGCGGCGCAAUCGGGCGGCGACGCGGCGGGCGAGCUCCGCGACUACAAGUACCUGCUGAGCGCGCCGCCCGCGCGGUCCCUCGCGAGCUACUGGAUGCAGGGCGCGGUCGUGCUGCUCGCGGACGCGCCCGUCGUCGAGUGGUACUACCCGGCGCUCCAGGACGGCGUCACGCACGUCGCCGUGACGGCGAAAAAUGCCAGGGCCAAGGUCGACGACCUCCGGGCCGAGGACGCCAAGGUCUCGACCCUCCGGCACCACGCGCUCCAGGUCCACAAGAGCCUGCUCUGCGCGACGUGCACGCUCCGCUUCGUCCAGCUCGCGCUCCGGAGCUUCGCGGCGCACUUUGGGUUCCAGAAGGUCCUCGACGGCGCCGACGGGCGGCGCGCCUUCCUCCGCGACGGCCUCAAGUCCUGGCGCGGGACGCUCCUCGAGGUCAAGUUCGGCGACGCGCUCACGCUCGCGGAGACGUACCAGCACGAGUCCUACACGAUGGUCCGGGCCAUGCUCAAGGCCGUCGGCCGCGACGAGCUCAUGUUCGUCCGCGCCGUCGCCGGCGACGCGCUCGCGCCGACGACGGCCUGGCGCCUCCACAACUGGCGGCCCGACGAAGCCCCCCGCGCGCCGCAGCGCUGCCAAGCCGCCGCGCUCGCGACCGUCGCAGCCAUGGGCCUGCGCGACGCGCUCAUCUUCGUCCUCACGGCGCCGUGGCUCGCGCUGGGCCCGGCGAACGUGUACAAGAUCUCCAUGAUCAACCGCGGAUCGCCGAUGGCGAAGUACAUCGUCGUGCCGCCGGCGGAGGAGUGCCAGGCGGCCUGCAACAUCGCGCGCAUGUGGGGCUGCCUCUUCUGGGGCCUGCAGGCCGUCGUCGCCGGCGGCAUCGUCGCCGGCGGCGUCGGCGACCGCACGGCCGCGGCCGCGAAGCUCUACGUCGGCGCCGCGCUCGCCGUCGCGUACAAGGAGGACGUCGUCCGCGAGGUCGUCGCCGCCGGCGCCGCCGUGGAGAUCGUCGUCGCGCUGCUCCUGCUCUCGCGCGCGGCCGCCGCGCCGCGGCCGAAGACCGCGUGA